AUGGAUUUCUACAACAUUCUGAGUUGGAACAUUGGGGGGCUAAAUGAGAAGAAUAAGCAACUAUCAGUUUUUGAUAUCUCCAGGUUGAAUAAAGUUGGCAUUGGGGCGCUUCUUGAAACUAAAGUCAAGGGUGAGGAAAUAAAGGAUGUAAUGAGUUCUAUUUUUACUGGUUGGAGCUAUUACAGUAAUAUGUGUUUGGAGGGUCAUAUCUUAUUAAUUUGGAAAGAUAGUUUGGUGAACAUCGCUGUUAUUCAGGAGAGUGAUCAGUUCUUACACAGUAGAGUUAAAAAUUUUGGUAGAAACCAAGAGUUUUGUCUUACUAUUGUGUACGACUCUAAUAGUUUGGAGGCAAGGAGGUCUCUGUGGCUUAAUUUAGCCAAUUUGCAAUUUCUUAUUAAACCUUGGAUUAUUUUGGGGGAUUUCAAUGUUGUUUUUGAUGUUGACGAUAGGAUUGGAGGGAGGCCUAUUUCAGCUAAGGAACUAGAGGAUGCUCGGCAGUGGGAAGCUUUAGGCUUAGUUGAUGAAAUGAAGAUUAUGGAGCCAACUUAUACCUGGUCUAACAAACAAGAAGGGGGAGCUCGAAUUUUCUCUAAGCUGGAUAGAGUUUUUAAGAAUGAGGAGUGGGUGGAUUCCUUCACUUUGGCUGAAGUUAUUUCUCAAUGGGAUGUGAUUUCAGAUCACAGCUUUAUUCUUAUCAAGCAAGUGGAAGUAAGAAGGACUGGUGUGAAUCCAUUCAGGUUCUAUAACAUGUGGUCUACUCAUUCUAAAUUUAGGGAGAUAGUUCUAGAGAGCUGUACUAAGCCUUUAAAGGGCAGGGGCUUGGAAGGUAUUGUUUGGAAACUUUCUAGAAUUAAGCAUGUUCUGAAGAAAUUUAAUUGGAAGUCUAUGGGAGAUGUUGUUAGAAACUAUGAGGAGAGCAAAUGUAAGUUUCAGCAGGCACAAGCUAACCUUCACAAUGAUCCUAUGAAUAUUCAAUUGCAUUAUGAGGAAAGAGCUGCUCAGUGGGAGUUCAGUAGGUAG